AGAUCGGUUUAACUUCAUGACGAGCAACAUAGCGGAGUCGCUAAAUAAUGUCUUAACAAUGGCUCGGGAUUAUCCGGUAAUUUCUAUUCUAGAAUCACUCCGAACCACGCUGGUUACAUGGUUUGCCCUCAGGCGAGAAGCUGCUCAGCAGGAGGGAAACAUUUUACCACCCAAAGUGAAUGAAAUGGUGAUUGAGAAUUUUGAGAAAGGAGCUGGAUAUGUGGUGCUUAAGAUCGGGGAGGCCAAUUAUGAAGUGAGAGAUAGAAAUGACUCCGGAUUUGUUGUAAACUUGUGGGAGAGAACUUGCACAUGCAGGGAGUUCCAGCUAUUAACAAUUCCUUGUUCCCACGCAAUAGCAGCAAGUAUAAAAGAGGGGAUUCGGGUAGACACAAUGGUAGGCAUACAUCACACAGUGCCUCAUCUAAGGUUGGCCUACCAAGGCAUAAUAAUGCCGGUCCCAGAUAUGGAUACACUAACUCCAUCCCCAGAUGAUAUCGGAGGGGGAAAACUGGCCCCACCAUAUGUCCGCAGGCCGCCAGGUCGCCCAAGAAAAAGAAGGAUGCUGUCAAGGGGGGAGUUUAAGAGAACUUCGGCGAAAAGGUGUUCACGCUGCAGGGGAUUUGGCCAUAACAAGGCAACAUGCCGGGGACCGAUAGCGGUAAAAAAUAUAUAACUAACAAUGAUUCUCUAUGAGUACAAGUAGAUUCGAUAAGGGGGGUGUUAUCAGAUAACACAUGGAAACGUGUGCUAAUUGAAAAAUAAUGUCCUGCAGGGAGGCAAGUGAUCGAGGAGGGAAAAGGUUUUUUGGCGGUAGCAGAUGGAGGAAGGAGACUGUUUUUUGGACUAGGGAGGGUUUGAAAGGAUGGUGCCGCGAUUAGAAGACUCAGAAGAAGUCAUGUUUUAUAAAUAACAAGAAUUCGGAGAUCAGAAAAUUUUCAAUGUAUAUACGUACGG